AUGUCUGUCUUCCAGAGCAAGCUCCCGUUGCUGACAUUGAUCUUUCUAGUUCAAUUGGUCUCAUGCAAGGUAGUUCAAUUUGAACUCAAUAUUACAUGGGAAGAUAAGGAAGUCGCCGGAUUUACGAGGAAAGCCAUUGCCACGAACGGGCAGAUCCCUGGUCCCGCGUUGUGGAUCCAACAAGGUGACGAUGUUGAAGUAUUGGUGAACAAUUCGAUGCCUUUUGGGUCCACAAUUCAUUUUCAUGGUAUUGAACAGCGCGGUACCCCCUGGUCCGACGGCGUACCUGGUCUAUCGCAGUAUGAGAUCGCGCCAGGCGACCAGUAUCUCUAUAAAUGGAAGGCCGAGCAGUAUGGGAUCUAUAUGUACCAUGCGCACACGCGAGGCCAGACGGACGACGGCUGCUACGGGGCCAUGUAUAUCCAGCCCGAUGAGUCCAAGGAGAGACCCUUUGGGUUGAUUGCUGAAGACGAAGACGAUCUUGACGCCAUGCUGGAGGCAGAGCGCAACACCCAGCCGAUUAUGCUCUCGGAUUGGCGCCACCUUACGGCCGAGGAGAUUUGGCAGGCCGAAGUGGACUCUGGCGUCCCAAGUACUUGCUCCGUGGCAAUCUUGCUCAACGGGAAGGGGUCCGUGAAGUGUCUUUCCCGGGACGAGCUCAAUGCAGGCACUACCCCUACACAGCGACUACUCCUUGGAGACGGGCAAUUGACCGACCUCGGCUGCAUACCUGCUGUUACUGGCAAUAGCUCUGGCUUCCCCCAAAAUGCAGACAUCUUGCCUGAGACCUUCCAGGAUGGAUGCAGGUCCAGUCAGGGUCCAGAGGAGCGGUUUAUAGUGGACCCUGAUACCCGAUAUGCCAGUUUUGACCUGCUCAGUAUGACCGGAAGCUCGCAGCUCGUGUUCUCUAUAGAUGAACACUCCAUGUACAUCUACGCGGUCGACGGGUGCUACGUCGAGCCAGUCGCAGUCGAUGCCAUCACGAUGCCCAUCGGGACACGAUAUUCCGUCCUCGUGAAGUUAGACAAGACGCCUCGAGACUACACCUUGCGAGCCGCCAAUAGCUUCAGCGCCCAGCUCAUUAGUGGCACGGGUGUCUUGUCUUACCGCACCGCGGAUAACCAGCGCGGACCCUCGACUCCGUCCAUCACGCCAGGGGCCGCAACGAUCAACGACGCCGUGUUGCUAGACGAGUCUACCAUCGUUCCAUUCCCAGCUAUAGCGCCCGCACCGCACGCUGACCACACUUACAUCCUGAAUGUGGGCCACUUCAACGCUUCAUACCGGUGGGUGAUGGGCAACAGCAGCUUCCCGCUCGAAGCCGAAGAGGCCACUCCCUUGCUGCUCAAUCGCACCUCGAUCCCGACCGAGUACACGAUCACCACGCACAACAAUACGUGGGUUGACCUCAUUCUCAACGUGACAACAGCCCGCCAGCCCGCGCACCCGAUCCACAAACACUCGACCAAGUUCUUUGUCAUCGGGGAGGGGUCGCAGCCCUGGACGUGGUCGUCCGUCGACGAGGCUAUCCAGGACGUGCCGCAGAGCUUCAAUCUGCAGAACCCACAGCUGCGCGAUACUUACGCGACUCCGGCGGCCACUACCAGCCCGACCUGGCUGGCUCUGCGGUAUCAUGUUGUCAAUCCGGGCCCGUUCCUGCUUCACUGCCAUAUCCAGAUGCACCUGAACGGAGGUAUGGCUCUGGCUGUGCUGGAUGGGGACGAUGCGUGGCCAGAGGUUCCUGACGGAUAUUUGCUUCCUGCUGUGGAGUGA